GAACCAACCAAACCUCACCGAAUCGCAACGACAGCGAGAACGUCCAAACGAGCGCGAGUCUCCGGCGAUAACCAAGAGCGCGGGCACGCAAAGCGGCGAAGCGGGAAGGAAGCAGUAACGAUGGGGCUUGACUAUUACAAGAUCCUAGGCGUCGACAAGGGCGCCACCGAUGACGACCUCAAGAAGGCCUACCGCAAGCUCGCCAUGAAAUGGCACCCCGACAAGAACCCCAACAACAAGAAGGAGGCCGAGAACAAGUUCAAGCAGAUCUCGGAGGCGUACGAGGUGCUGAGCGACCCGCAGAAGCGCGCGGUGUACGACCAGUACGGCGAGGAGGGUCUUAAGGGGCAGGUGCCGCCGCCGGGCGCCGGCGGGGCGGGGCCCGGCGGCGCAACCUUCUUCUCCACCGGCGGCGACGGGCCGACGGUGUUCCGGUUCAACCCGCGCAACGCGGAGGACAUCUUCGCCGAGUUCUUCGGCGGCUCCAGCCCCUUCGGCGGCAUGGGCGGCGGUGGCAUGGGCGGCAGCGGCAUGGGCGGUGGGAUGCCCGGCAUGCGGAGCGGCGGUACGAGGUUCUCCUCCUCCAUCUUCGGGGACGACAUAUUCGGCUCUGCGUUCGGCGGCGGCCCGGACGGGCACGGCAUGCACGCCGGCGGGCGGGCCGUGAAGGCGCCGGCCAUAGAGCGGAAGCUGCCGUGCAGCCUCGAGGAGCUGUACAAGGGCACCACCAAGAAGAUGAAGAUCUCCAGGGAAAUCUCUGACGCCAGUGGGAAGACGAUCCCAGUGGAAGAGAUCCUAACGAUCGACGUGAAGCCGGGGUGGAAGAAGGGCACCAAGAUCACGUUCCCGGAGAAGGGCAACGAGACGCCCAACACGAUCCCGGCGGACCUCGUCUUCAUCAUCGACGAGAAGCCGCACCCGGUGUUCACCCGCGACGGCAACGACCUGGUGGUGACCCAGAAGAUCCCGCUGGCGGAGGCCCUGACGGGGUACACCGCGCACGUGACGACGCUGGACGGGCGCAGCCUGACGGUGCCCAUCAGCUCCGUGAUCCACCCGGGCUACGAGGAGGUGGUGCGAGGGGAGGGCAUGCCGAUACCCAAGGACCCGUCCAGGAAGGGCAACCUCCGGAUCAAGUUCGACAUCAAGUUCCCGGCGAGGCUCACGGCGGACCAGAAGUCCGGUGUCAAGAGGCUGCUCGGGCAGUAGAGCGCGCUUGUGUUGUUUUGGAGUAUUGUGUAUCAGACAUUUUCGUGUUGGUUUAUCUUGAACUGGGGAGGAGGGAAGGGAGCUGCCAUUUGCAGCCUCCGCAACGACGACGACGAUGACGAGGCCACCAAGUGUUGAGUACAGAACAGCUACUGUUGUACGGUGUAUGGUUGAGAAACUUGAGAUGUGUAGCGGAGGAUUCCUUGUGCGAACUUCCAGAUCGUGGUGGUUGUCUGUUCACUGGUCCACGUCGUUGCAUUUGCAACUUGCAAGGAUCGCGGAUGGAGUAACUGUUGGCCAC